AUGGAAGCAUCGUCCCUAGAGACUGCAUCAGUAUUGCUUUCAGAAGGAGAUAUCACAACUUGUGAUGCUGAUGGUAUCAGGCAGUUUCUCGGGGGCCUCUCUGGUGUUAGAAGUUUGGAUUUCUAUUGUGGGGAUAGACAGGUAUGCUUCUUGGUUUUUUGUAGAUUACAUCUGGAGGUGAAAAAUAAUCACGGAUGGUGCCCAACAUUCAACAAUCUUACAAACCUGACUCUUGAUAGUUGGUGCGUGCAUGCGGACUUAUAUGCGCUGAUAGUCUUCCUUCAGAACUCGCCUAAUCUGAAGAAGCUAACUCUUAAACUAAACGAGUGCCAGCCACGAUAUCACAACGGGGUUGUGUCUGCAAUCAUCGGCGAGCUGGAGGAUAGAUCAUUUACAUGUGAACAGCUUGAGAUUGUUGAAAUCAUAUGCUCGGAGGGAAAUGAGCUGCUGCUACUUGGGGUGUAUCAGUUUUUGCUAGAAGAGGGUGGCAUAAGGCCUGAUCAGAUGCGUGUCAGUCACCGGAACUAA